AUGCCAGAUCCUUUUUCCGCCAUCGGUGUCCUGUUGGAGCCUCGUCCCUGUGAUAUCCCCGGCGCUUCAUCUUUCAAGGGUGCCAUUUUCCACUCCGCAAAAUGGAACCAUGAUGUGGACUUGACGGGCAAGAAUGUCGUCGUCAUUGGAAAUGGAUGCACUGCGGCACAAAUAGUCGCUGCCAUCGUGAACAAAGUCAAGUCCGUGACGCAAGUGAUCCGAACCCAACACUGGACUGAAUUCGGCGGUCCAGAAGGAUAUAACUGCUCUGUGAUGCAUGGAUUUCCCAACUUCUUCCUCUUGCUUGGUUCGAACUCGAUCACAGGACAUACAUCUGCCAUUAUGGCUAUUGAGAACUCUAUAAACUACGCCUUUCGUAUCCUGAAGCCUGUUUUCCAGGAGGAGGCGACAGCUGUCGAGAUCAAAAAGGAAGCAGAGGACAGCUACGUCAGUUGGAUGCAGAGUGCUCUCCAGAACACCGUCUGGAAUACAGGGUGUCAAUCUUGGUACGUAAGUACGAACAAACAGUGGAACGCCAUUGCCUACCCCCGAUCUCAGCUCCACUACUGGUACCGGAGCCUGUUCCCUGUGUGGACAGACUGGAACAUCGAGAUGAAGCCUUCCCGGAAGUCUUACAAGGGACGCUGUAUACUUGCUCUUCUGACCACCGGUGCACUGGCUGCAGUAGGUUCACUGACUGUCUUGCACUUCCCAACGCCAUCAUUGGAGACAUAUGUUUCCCGUAUCCCAGAUUUACUUCUGGAUUUACCUCUGGAAAGCUGGCAGUCGACAAUGAGGAAUGUGACUGAGUAUAUCCCGAAGGUAGGGUGGUGGUGA